AUGCCUCUUCACGGCAUCGGCCACUCGCGCUCGCAGUCGCAUACGUCCAACGCACCCGUCUCCGAUCAACCUCUCGCUUCCCUAGUCCAAGCCGCAUCACAGACACUGACUGGAAUCGGGAACCCCGCUGCUCUUGUAGGAGGAGGAGCUACCAACACAUCAACCUCGAGAUUGCCAAACAGCAACCAGAACUCAGGUCUCCGACUUCAGACAUCAAACGCGGGCAACCCUCCGGGCUCGCAGCAGAACUCAGGCAUCACCCCCAUUCACUCCGGAGGCUCGUCCAUAAUAUCGCCCGACUCCGCUCUCCCACCAAAGAAGUCCAUCUCCUUCCGUCUGCCCUCACCAGUCACACAGCCAGGCUCAUCGGGAAGUAGUCGGUCGCAGCAGCAGCAGCAACAGCAACGGCAUUCCCAGCAGGAACAGCUGUAUCAAGACCAUCCCUCCUCGGCCACUCAAUCGCACCCACAUCACCUAUCGCAGCGGCCAUCGGAUCCGACUCAAAAGCAGCAGAUCUCGAGUCAGCAGCCGUCCUCGCAGCAGCCGACCUACACAGCAUAUCACUCCGCGAACCCAUCGUCGAACACCGGGUCACGACCGCACAUCUCGUCCACGUCCACGGCGCCCGCUGCGGUCCCGCAGGCCUCUCAACAAAGAUCGUCCAUGCAUCGGACAAACACCAGCGGUGGCGGCGGCGGCAGUGGCUAUUCGCCGAACGCGCAGUUAAAUCCCGGCGGUGGCGGUGAUGUCGGCGGCUCAAGAAAGUACAAUCACCCGGGGGCAUUGACCCCCACUUACCCCAGCUCUUCGCAGCACACUACCUCGCAUUCACACUCUGGAGUGGGGAGUCAGGGAAUAGGAUUAACGGGUUCAUCCAACAGUUCGAAUUCAAUGCGCGAGCCACAAGAAAGCUAUGGCGCUGUGGGGCCGGGACGAUGGAUGUGCCCCUACGGCUUGUACGCUAUCGACUGGUGCAAGUGGAACCCCUCGGCCAGCGGUGGAUACGGCCGUGUAGCUGUCGGCAGCUACACAGAAGACAGCCAUAACUACAUUCAAGUCCUUGACACCCGCCCCGGGCCCGCCGAUCUCCAGCAGCCCGGUGCACCUACACUCGAGUUCACGAAGCUUGCCGAAGCAACGCACACGUACCCGAUAACCCGCGUGCUGUGGGAACCGCCAUCCUCGAAGUCGCUCACUGACCUCCUAGCCACUUCCGGCGACCAUCUGAGGUUGUGGUCGCUGCCCGCGCCCGGCUCCGCCGCUCCCACACCGAACAGCAACUCGAUCACAUCGCGCAGCUACCCCACACAGACGCCGAAGCUCACACCACUAGCGCUCCUCUCCAACUCAAAAUCCACAGACUUCACCGCGCCUCUAACAUCACUAGAUUGGAACCAAGUUUCCCCGUCAUUGAUCAUCACCUCCUCGAUCGACACGACCUGCACAAUAUGGGACAUCCCAACGCUCACCGCCAAAACGCAGCUGAUUGCACACGACAAGGAAGUAUUCGACGUGCGCUUCAUGUCCAAUUCCGUUGACGUCUUCGCCUCCUGUGGCGCCGACGGUAGCGUCCGCAUGUUCGACCUCCGAUCCCUCGAGCACUCAACCAUCAUCUACGAACCGGGAGCUAGCAAAGCCUCCUCUGGGUCUGACCACGAUGGUGGCUCCCCCGUCAACAGCUCGCCGCCCGCGCUCCUCCGCCUCGCCGCCUCCCCCCACGACCAACACCUAAUCGCCACCUUCUGCGCCAACUCCUCCGUAGUCCGCAUCCUCGACGUCCGCCAGCCCGGCCAAGCGCUUGUCGAGCUCAAGGGACACACCGCAAACGUGAACUGCUGCGAGUGGAACCCCGGCCGAAGAGGUGUCCUCGCCGCUGGUGGCGACGACUGCGAAAUCCUCGUGUGGGACAUCUUUGGUGCUGCCGGCGGCGGCGCCACAGGAACCAUCAAGACGGAGAAGGGUGUCGAGCAGGAGCGUCAACCCGUCGCAUGGUGGGGCUGCGAGACCGAAGUCAACAAUCUGUCGUGGAGCCCGUCGGUCGGGAAGACAGGCAGCGACUGGAUCGGUGUCGUCGGCGGAAGGGGUGUUUCUGGAUUGGCGGUGUAA